AUGUCGACACUCUCAACUACCUCCCCCUCAGCCCCUCCAGAAUGGCAGCACGCCAUACGUGCACGGCUCAUGGCUCAACAGGCAUCGGGUGACGCGCUGAGGGACGUUAUCGAACAAUAUCAACGACUGGCCAAGGCUGCGCGCGACCUCAAAGUCCGGAACGCAGCGCUUCUUCGGAGUGGUGGUGGUGGCGGAGGCGGCGGUGAUGGUUCUGGACCCGCCCCUCUCCUCUCUCACCUCGAUGCCCAGCUCAACACGAUGCGCACUGAGCUCUCGACACUGUACCGCACGCAAGCGGCAGCGCAGAACAAACAGCUGGCCAUGGCGGACGCCCUGCGUGAUCGCGACGAGGAGGUGCGAGGCUUGCGCGAAGAGGUGCGCGAGCUGCGGGAUGCCCGUGACGGAGGCACUAGGAGGGAGAGGAAUUGGGAGGAGAGGUGGAGGAUGAGGGAUGAGGAUGUCAAGACGCUCCACGACGAGAUCCUCUCGCAACAAAUCGAAGUCUCGGGCCUCACACAGCGUAACGCGGCGUUGCAAGCCGACAACGCGUCGCUGCUCCAACGCUGGCUCGACAAGAUGAACCUGACGGCCGACGAGAUGAACGCCGAGUUUGAACGCGAGGCCGGGGAGAAGAAUGAGGGAGAGGAGGCAGGGAGCGGGGCGGUAGAUGACGAGCCUUCCCGCGGGGUGGGGAGGGAGGGGGCGAGCACGGUCGUCGCCUCGCAAGAGGUAGUCUCGACCUCGGACGAGAUCCAAACCAGCACCAACCCCGCCUCCCACACAUCCUCCGAUCCUGAGCCCAGCGUCGCCGCCGACAGCGUCACGCUCGACGUCCCGGACGGCUGGGAGGUUCUCGAGGCCGGCUCGACACGCAGUACGGCGCUCGAUGCGGACGACGAUGACUGGGCCGAGGCGCGAGAUGCCGCGUAG